CACGUGCUUAAACAAUCAUCAUGUCUGACCAAGAGAGGUCGUUUUCUGGUAAAGUUGCCUUGAUAACAGGUAUUAGCUAAUGCUUUUUGGUUGUACGUGAAUAUUAUGUGGCUCCUUGUUUCUUCCUCUCUUUUCUAAGAGGGAUCGUUUGUUAUCAGAAAGUAGAAAUUUCAUGGGAUUGGGGGACUUGCCACCUUACAGCUAUGUUUAAACAUACGCGGUGUGGGGUGGGGGGAUAUAGCUAUAGGCUAAGGAUUAUUAUUGAAUUAUAUUCCUUUAUUCGAAAGAUCAGUUUUCAAUCGUAUGUUUUAACCAUAGAACUUACUAAUAAAUAUGUUUUAGGAGGAAGUUCUGGUAUUGGCCGAGGUGCAGUUCUUUUGUUGUCUAAACUUGGUUGCAGUGUUGCUUUUGGAGGGAGAAACAAAACUGAACUUGAUAAUGUGGCAGCUAAGUGUAAAGAGGCCAGAAGCGAUGCUCAGGUAAUUAACCUUUUUCCUCCCAAAAGGUGUCCAGUCAUCAAAUAAAAACACAUUAUAAACCAUGGCAACAUUCCAAACUGCCAUAACAGAGGCUCCCUUAGGGUAAAAUUCCAACAAGCGACAUGGCCUUUAAACAGUGGUGUAAGUCAGAUGAAAUGUUUGCAAAUAACAUGAAGAUAGUUUGAAGCUGUGACACUCGCAAAUACAAUGAUAAAAUAGUGACAGUGACAUGCCCCCCCCCCCGGGGGGGAGGGGGGUACUCGAUAUAUCCCUUGGUGGGGAGGUGCAGUGCGGCCCCUCAUACCCUGACCCUGUUUAAGACAAAUAUCACUGAUUUCCCUACCCUGUUUAAGACAGAAUUGCGAUUUUUGAUACCCUGUUUAAGACAUUUAUCCUGUUUAAGACAAAAAUUGAUAAAUCGAUACCCUGAUUAAGACAAAAAAUGAUAAAUUUGAUACCCUGUUUAAGACAAAGAUCGCAAAAAACAUACCCUGGCUGGCCGCACAUCCCCAUUAAGCCCUUAUAAGGGAGUAACCCCCCCCACCCCCACCGGCGACAUGCCCUUCUUUUCAGUGCAGCAAAUGACCCCCUUUGAAAUUCAGACUAGGGAUAUUAUAUGUAUAUACCCCACCAAGAAGGCUUCUGUACAAGUAGUUUUUAAUGAAUUGAAUUACACAGUCGAGUCCCGAUAAUUUGAACCUUCCAUCAGGUGUUCUAGGGAAAUCAAUCCGCCACUUGUCUACACAAACUUACUUAGCCCUUUUUAAAAUUCUCAUAUCUUGCUAUUUUAUCCCUAGGAUUCUGUCAUCCCAAUAAUUAUGCAACCCCAUAAAUAUAAGAAAUCCUGCUUCCACGUGUCAUUGAAUUCCCUAUUCCCGCACCUGUUUUUAGCUUGCAUCGCAAGUAUCACCACAAAAAAUAGCCAAACCCUGCAUCCCGUCAAACCAACUGUGGACCCUCCGUUAUUGGGAGUUCGAGUUAUAUAUGUAUAGACAUGUACUCAAAAAAAUUCAUUUGAUUAUUUGAAUUGGAUUGAUUUAUUUUUUAAGUACUUAGAUAAUUCAUUUGAAUCCCCAGCCAUAAUACUUGAAACAAGAUUACAUCUUUUAGGAGUCUUUUGUGGUUUGUAAUGGAAAGAGUGCUAUGUUUUGUCAGGUUUUACCAGUGCAAGGUGAUUUAGAAAAAGAUGAAGAUAUAAAAGCACUUCUUGAGGCCACAAUAAAACACUUUGGAAAGCUGGAUGUUUUGGUAAGAACAAUGUUGUUGCUGUUGAUGGCAUAAACCCAAUCCUUUAAGUAACUUUCCUUUCAAUGUUAUAAUUUUUGUAUAAGCAACUAUUACCCAAAAUAUUAAACUGAAUUUGAUGUAAUAUAUAUUAUUAUAAACCAUGUUAUGUACAUCUCGAACACCAUAUAUUAAACAGCCAAGUGGCCGGGGGAGUCAGAGGUUGUUAAGUCCCUAGUGAUUUAUUUAUAGUGUACUUUCCACAAGAAUCAGAUCAGUGAACGUGCUCUGAUAUGGGACCUGUGGUUAUUUUAAAUUGUCCUUAUUUAAUCACCUAAACCCUAUUUAUUAAAAUUUAGAUUCUGACUCAUUUGUUCCCAUGAUGCAUUUCCUAUAAAAGUAUUGAGGAAAAGUUAAUUGUCUUGUGCAAUCAUGUCCUUAAUUUUCAUCGCCAAUCUGUUGUUGUCCGGAAGGCUGUGCUCUAAAAAAAAUUGAAGGGAGCCCAGUGCUCUGAACUUGUGAAAUCCAGUGUGCCCGGCAUAUGAUUAGUCGCCCAAGAACAAAAGUUAGGCACCAUAGGCCACCGGGUUCUGCUAGAGCAGUGCCUUGUCCUGAAAAGGUUUGUUGCUGAUCUGAUUCUUAACCCUUUAAUUAGGCCUUAAAUAGUGAAGAAGGCUAGAAGUUCUAGCCAUUUGCAGAUGUGAAACCAUGGGCAGAUCCAGGAUUUUUCUUAGGAGGGAGUGCACCAGUAAGGAAUAAAGUAACUGACUGGUGAUGUAAACAAAUUUUGAUACAGAAUACCACCUCUCAGUGUAUGAUAUCUUCUCUUAAUGUGUCAUGUGACCUUAAUGUUUAAAUGAUUUAUUUCUACAUCUUUAUUUACAAAAUAUCUAAGAUACCAUCCGUGCUCUGAUUGGUCGAGAGGUGUGUUUACAUGAGAGUAUGUAAACGUGGUUGUCAUGAAGGCACAAAAUUAGAAACUUUUUUUAGUUGAACACUUGACAAGUUUACUUUAUUUACCCAUUCCCUUGUUGGCUGAAACUAGGAAAAUCUUUAGAAACAUGCUGUGUCAAUUUGUUUUCGCUUAAGAUGACAUUUUAAGAAAGAAAAAUUCGUAUUUUGGAAAGCAUCUUUUUUGCAAAACAAGAACUGGUUACGCGAGCAAGACUUCAUGUACAAGACUUCGCGACUGGUAAGAAUUUCUCUUUUAAUCAGUGCCAUAACAAAGAAAAAAGUAAGAAAAGCAAUAGAAAAUUUUUUUCCUGUAUUUUGCAUACUAACUCUCGAGGGGUUGGGAAAAUUCUCGACAGUUAUGCAAACCCUUGACUUCAUCUUGGGUUUGCAUAACUGUCUCGAAUUCUUCCAAUCCCUCUUGUGUUUAUAUCAGGCUAUGGAAACAAUGAAAACGUUUUCUAUCGCUUAAAUGUUUUCUCCUAUACCACAGGUUAAUAAUGCAGGUAUCGUUGCUAAGGGAACUAUUGAAACUACGUCCUUGGAAUCAUUUGACAAAGUAAUGCGGAUAAAUACAAGGUAUGUAUAUGUACAUCAAGUUAAAUUCCUAAAGUAAACUAGUAAAGGGUGCAUUGGAAAAAAUCUGUUUGUUUUCUUGUUGAAACCCAAUGACAAAAUUGAAAUGAGAUAGAAUGUUUUUUUUGUCAGGGGGAAGGGGUUGGUUAUUCCUCAGUGCACAUGGUAAUUUAGCUGUUUGAUGAGCCCUCUAACUGGAUAGAGUUUGUUAAUGGUGAUAUUCAGGACCAAAAACUUUUAACCUCAGCUUGAAGAUAAUUUGCUAGUCCCUUAACCCUUUGUUUUAUCGAGGUUGCACUUAAGCAUAGCACUUGACCAUUGCUAUAGCCUGCUGAGGUGACGUGGUUGUUGUAGAGAGGUUGAAAGAAGUAUGAAAAGGUCAAAUUGUGGAAUGACUUUGAGUCAAAGAAAGUAGCCAUUGAAAUAGCCAGAAAAGAGAAUAGUAUUUUAAGUGUUUCUGAGUUCAUUUUGGUUGCAAAAUAUGUUUCUGGGAACUGGAAAACCAGUUGCAUGUACAGUUCGGCUUUUACGUAAAUUUUUGUACACUCUAGUGUUUAUUAUGAUAUUAUCAUGUUGUUUAUGUUCCGAUUCACAGGGCUGUUUUUUACCUGACAUCCUUAGCUGUACCCUAUCUGACAGAAACAAAAGGUAACACACUCUAUGUCAUCAGAGAUACUUAGAUAUUGAGCUGCGUGAGAAUAUCUUACGAAACAAAACUUACACCAUUUAGUAAAAUCCUACUAGUGGUCUAUUAUCAAUGCUGCAUUAAUUCUGAUUGGUUGAGCUACUACUAGGCUAUAUGUUAUAGCCCACUAGUAGUGAAAAGCGCAGGCUUUGAAUACCAAAAAAAUUAUGGCUGAACUGCGCUUUGCUAGCUAAAGUUGUUUUGUCUCGAUAUUUUUGACAAACUAGAUGGAUUUUACUAAAACAAUUAUUCCUCUCACCCUCAUGGCCUCUGAGUCAAUAGCCCAUUUGGGCUAUGGCCUCAUGGGCUAUUGAUUCAGAGCCCAUUCGCGCUCGAGGAAUAAUUGUGAAAUACCUUAUUGGUACUAAUUUUUGGGAUUUUGGCGAUACAGUAUUUCACGUUGAUUUAUUUUGAUGAUUUCAAUAGGCAAAUCUGAAAAAAGGGCAUUAAUCUUCACGAUUCAAGCAUUCUCACUUUUAUUUUAUCUUUCAAAAAGUCAGAACUUAAUAUUCAAAUUUAGGAUAAAAUGGAACAAGCUAUUUUUAACACACAGAUUCUCUACCUCUACCCUUUGCAUUUACAUAUAAUGUUCACGUAUAUUACAUGUCGCGUGUUUAAAUUUCUUGAGGAUUUUUAUUCGCACAUCAUUAAUUUUUUAUUUUUUUACAGUCGCGAAAAACGCAAAAUUAAUGGCCUGCAAAUGUACUUAUUAAUAAGAUACUAUACAUACUGUAGUACUAUACCGUAUUUAUUCGAAUAAGCGCCCAACCUCGAAUUAGCGCCCACCUCGAAUAAGUGCCCAUCCUAGAGGCAGAAAAAGUUAAUAAGCACCCAGCCUCGAAUAAGCGCUCACCCCACCCCCUCCCCUCCUUACUAAACUCAAAUAAGCGCCCAUCCUCACCCCACCCACUUGAGUGACUAUGAGAUUGAAAUUCAAAAUGGAAUAAGUACUUAUAAGAGACUUCCCCGAAGACGGCGUUUUCUUCAGAGUAUUUUACAGAAAUCUUGCUUUGUUACUUCUUCGCGUUUUGUUAUUACCUUUUACUGUUUUGUUGCAAAAUACGUAUACUUCACUUGCUGAAAGUGGUGAAAAUUUAAUAAGCACCCAGGGCGGUUAAUCGAAUAAAUACGGUACAUGUACAGUCAGGGCAUCUUUUGAAUACCUGCACGUUGGUAGUUUUUUUGGCUCAGCAAUGAUUGUAAAGAAAACAAUAAAGAUGCUUUUAAAUGCCUAUGAAGUGCGAGGUCUUUGUUUGGUGACUUUUUUGGCUUUAGAAUGGAUAGUUAAGGGUGCAAUUUACGCUUUUCCCAGCUCCACAUCCAAAUGUGCAAUCGUCAUGUUAAUUAAACAGUUAGUUGCUGGUAGGCAGAUAGAUUAAACUUUAGAAGACUUUCGAGUCAAACCUCAUCCAGUGUUUUGUUAUGUCAACCAUACAAGUUGCACAACAUCCAAAAUGUUGAAGCAUACUACCUGUACACUAUAUCUGCCAAAAUAACACGCAGGCCUCCGUGUUUAAAAAAAUGGGCGCGUAAAUGAGAAAACUUAGCCUUUUUUUAUUACUUCGUCAAGUAAAAAUCUCCCAAUUUUUCCAAUUUACCAGAGCAAGUUCUCCUUUACUUGUUGGAACGUCCUAGAUUGAACUUGCCUUGCAACGUUUUCGUUGCAGUAGUGAUUGCAAAAAUAGAACUUGCUUCUCAUGUUUUCAGAUCGUGAGUCAAUUAAUCACGACAGAGUUAAAUGAAACAUUACUUAGUGUGAUGCUGUUCUCCAGUAUCUAAAAUCAGUUGUAAAAUCUUAAUGUAUUUUACAUAUGCCAAAAACCAAGAAGCUAAAUUCCCUCUCGCAUUAAAUUUCAUUUCUCUAAUUUUUAAAACCAAUGCAAUAUUAUUAAUAUAUAAUAUAUAUAUUUUUGCUUUAGGGUGCGUUGUGAAUGUUUCUAGUGUUAAUGGCAUGAGAUCGGUAAGUUUACCAUCGUAAAUCAAUGAAAUACACGAAGUAUUUUGAUGUCUACAGUGUUUAUUAACAUAAACUUUCCGUAGGCUGGUUGUUUCUCUGUUAUUUUAAACACAAGGCUUAGGCUCAUCAAUGACAUAAAUUCAGUCUUGCUUCUCUUCUCGAGUAUUAAUCCUUAACCCCCUAGGCUGUCUAACUAUAGCCUGAGAAGACAGCGGAACUGAUUACUGGUUUCUCCUGUGUCACUCUAAAGAUCUGGGUAAUGCUUCUGGUUGGUCGUGCCCCACGGGAAAUUUGCCUUAACCAAUCAGAAGCACUGCCCAGAUCUGGGUAGUGACGUGUCAUCAGUAUCAAAUUUCUGCAGUCGUUCCUCACACGUCAUUUCGCGGGGAAACCAGAGGUGACACCGCGAAUGUUGGCUGUUGUUGUUUAUCGCUGAUGGUCCUCCGUAUUGUUUUGACAGUUUCCUGGCGUGCUUGCCUACUGUAUGUCGAAAAGUGCAGUUGAUCAGCUCACGAGAUGUGCUGCUCUCGGUACGUAGGCCACUUUAGUGGAGUAACCAAAGCAAACUUUAUGUAUAAGCAUUGAAAUGCUCUUAAGCUCUAACAAGGACAAAAGUCUGUCUCUACUUGCCGGAACUGUAUCGGAUCGUUUUGCCCAAGUUCAGUUCGCACGGACUUAACGUCGAUUCGCCCGAUGGGUAUUUUCGUUCUUUAAACCUGAAAAAAGGAUCAAGCGUAAACACAGGGACUGUACAUGAGAAAUCCUACUCGUUUUGUAGAGCAUCCUAUUUCAUCGGGCGAGUCGACUUGAGUUCGGGCGAAACGUCGUCGGGCGAUUCGACUUUCGGACGAGACGACCCUAAUUCGGGGGCGAUGCGUGGUUGAUGUGGCUGUCUGAGUUUCAUGUGCAAGGUACCUCUUAAACAAGAGAGAUGAUGUAUCAUUUGUCUCUUGCUGUCUUUUUAUGCUAACCUAUGGGUACCCUGUGUGAAUUACUGUUUAACCCCAAAAAACGAUCAUGAAAGUCAGGGUUCCAUGCUGAAGGUUGAUAUUGGCAGCCAGUUAAUGUGCAUUUUUCACGUUGCAGAACUUGCGUCGAAACAAAUCCGUGUUAACUCAGUCAAGUAAGUAAAUAUUAAAUAGUGCUCUAAUUCAUGUAUAAAUAGGGUCAAAUGCUCAUCACGGGAUCUAGCCUGCGACGCCUGAUCACAGGUUACUACUUACAGGUGAUCAAGUGUGCAUAUCAUUGAACGUCCUCUUCUCUUUAGCAUUUUAUCAUCACCCUUCUUUGAUCAUCAUCGUCAUCGUCAGCAUUGUCUUCAUCGUCAUCAUCAUCACCAUUGUCAUCGUUGUCGUCUUGCCUAGUCCCUGUACGGCGUUUUUCCAGUCCUUCUCGGUCAAUUCACUUAGGUGACGUAUCCGAGGCGAACGAGCAGGAAACGCGUAGACAAAAACAGAAUGCGCAUGCGUGUGUUGCUUUUUGAAAUUCAAGAGACUUCAAGAUGUUGUCGAUGAUGGUUUUUUCAAACCCUCGUGGAUAUUUGCGGGAUCGACUUUUGCCGACCGGCUUUGAAAGUCAUCAGAAUGUUAUUCAUAGUCCUAUGAAGAUUGAUUUCUGCUCCUUCAAUCUCAUCAUUCCAGCUGAAUUAUCGGAGUUUGUUGCUCCUGCCUGACUUAUAACCCAUAGUUUUAACCGAUCGUGCGAAUUUUCAAAGUAAAAACGAUACUUAGUGACCCUCUGUGUAGUAACCGUAGAGCGCACAUCUUAAAUAAUCAGAAAAACCGAACAUGCUUUCAAAUAAAAUUCAUUGAAUUAGCUGCGUAUUGAAAAUUGCCAAAAAGCUGAACCUAUAAAAGUAAAAAUCCUAUAAAAUUCACCGACAUUCGCAAAAGUGAUGCGUGUACUGUGAGAAGCUAAGAAUUCAACUUGGAUAUUGUAGUCUCAGGAUCGUGUUUUGAGCUAAGAGAGAAAUUAUUUCUCGAAAAACUUUAUUUAAAAACUCAUAAAUUAAUCCUUGAAAGCAAUUCGCGUAACACAAAUUGGGCUCGUGAAUUCGUUCACGCAAGUAAAAUCGGUUGAGCACAUGGCACAAGUUAUUCAACACAAAUCUCAAAUCAGGGCGUUCAAGCCGAUCUCUAAAUGUACAAAACGUAAAGAUUAAUGUUUACUAAUACAUAAUUCUCGUUUUAAAACGUUAUUUUCUUGACUAAAGAGUACAAAAUGUACCUGAAAAUUCUUCAAAAACUUCGCUGCUUGGUUGCGUUUCAAAACAGGCCAAGCGCUCCAAUUUUUUAAAAAAAGCCUUCCUUUGUCCACUAGAAGAAAACUAAGCAUUCUUUGAACUUUCCCUUUCCAUCUGUUUCUUUUAGCGGCGUAUUUUUAACCUGGAAAUGCAGAUAUCGUCUUGUAAACCAAUGCUUUGAGCUGUCUCGCUUUUGUCUCACUAUUAAAGAUUUUUGUCUAGGUCUCACAUUUUCCCUUGGACCACGUGACCCGAAACGCUUUGGUCGCGCGGAAUAAUGAGGCCUAGGAACUAGGCAAGUUGUCGUCGUCGUCAUCAUCAUCAUCAUCAUUGUGAUUGUCGUCGUCAUCAUCAUCAUCUUCCGCGUCAUGAUGACCGUCGUUAUGAUCACUUUCACAAUUAUUCUCCUGUUUCGUUACUUAAUUGAAGUUAGCGGAUAUGUUUAGGGGAGUUUGACGUCCAAAUGAUGAAACGCGUUCCGAUGAAACUGCAGAUAUCCAAAACCUCAUGUCAAAGUAAGCUUUUCUUUUUCUUUUCAGGAAAUAUAGUGAUGUAAGACAACCAUUUGUUUUCUUAAGGUUCUCUCUCGGAGAUAUCUCAAAACAAACAUAAAUAGAUGACGUUUUUAUGGCGGCAAUAUACUUGUUGUUCUCAGUUCCGUCUUUUUCGUUUAGCCCUGGAGUGAUCACUACUGAAAUACACAAACGUGGAGGCAUGAACGAGGAAGAAUAUCAAAAGGUGUGUUGACCUCUGUUGAAAGCCUCAUUAAACGAGGAAAUGCGAGAGCUAAAACAUAAACUUAAGCAUUACCAAAGGGAAGUCUGUUUAAAGCCGUUUUCAAUUUUGCGUGCCCUGACAUCUAAACUUUGUCUGUUGUUAAACGUAUAGUUUACUGCCCAGACUCGGUAGGAAAGCAAUUUCGUUGACCACUGAUUUUCUUAAAGUGCGCUCCAUGAUUUUUGUAAUGCAGUCAAACCUCCAUGAUACGGAUGCCUUUAUAUAACAGACAUGAGUUUUCUUAGUCCUACAGAUGGAAUACAUCUUCUGUUUUUAUGAUAGAGCGAUUUUUCCAUGACCUUGAAAAAUGGUCUCGAUAAGUGUUAUUUGCUAAUGGUUGAAAAGAUCAAAACAUGGACUCUUCGAUUUCCCGCAAAGAAAACCCUAAUAUAGCCAGUCGUGUUGUAGUUUGACGUCAAAGAGAAGUAUCGAUUGAUUUAUAGAAUGUUCUCGGGCAUGAAGUUUUUUCACCGAGCGUUCGCUUAAUCAAUCAAAAGCCACGCGCGUUUGAAUCCGUUCAAUAAACCAAUCAAAUCGCUCUAUUUCCGUUCGUUUGUUGUUUCUGUUUUGUUCGCGCGUUUUCAUUUCAAGGUCAUAUGAAAAUCGCUCUAUGGAUGUCUCUUUAACGCAAACACUAACCCCUGUACCUGGUGUGUCCGUACUAAGAGGGUGUGACUGUAUUGUAAUAUUUUCUAGUGGUAAAAUCUUUCAAAUCUAAUUUCUUUUUUUUGCCCAAAAGUACAAUUCGAGUUAAAUAUAUGCAAUUGUAUCAAGUAUUUGGGAUCUCUUUUAACCCUGUUCCUUUUUUCCUUUACUUCCCGGGUUUAUCAGUGGAGAGGCGGGGACUUGGAAGACUUUUAUGUUCUCGUCGUUAUAUUAUUUUGUGUUUCGUUCCAUUUGUUGAAAAAUGACAUUGUUAUUGAACCGUUUAUUUAUGCAUUGAACUGAUGAUUAUUCUGAUGUCAUUGUGUAUUAUCCGAGACACGUCAUAGCCUCGAUUGCAUGUUAGACUCGCGCCUUUUUCGCCAUGUGAUUACUGUGAACCUUUCGACUCGUCCUGUUUCAGUUUUUGUUGUUCAGACGACUGUAAAUCUGGAAACCUAGACUUCCAUUAAACAGGCAAAAAUUCAACACCAUUUAAUAAAUUGUAAACGUAUGAGGAGCAAAUUUUGCAGUUGCAGUUUAUGGAUUUAGAACAAGUAGUACUGUAACGCUCUUUUCUGUAAGAAUUUUUAGACGCGUUUUUAAGGUCCUGAAGACCGUUUUUGUAGGCCCUCUUUAGUGGCUCUUAUAAACAUAGAAGCGUAUUUGAAAUAAACCAGGCCUAAUGUCAUAACACCUUUGAGUCAUCCACGAAUAAUUUCCAAUUAUCUAGGAUUUCGCUAAGAGUUAGCAUUUUUGCUUUAGUUUCUAGAGCGAUGUAAAGAAACUCACGCCUUGGGCCGGCCGGGAAAUGUGGAGGAAGUUGCAAGCGUGAUCGCUUUUCUGGCGUCAAGUGAUGCGUCAUACAUGACUGGUGCCUCGCUGCCUGUAGACGGGGGAAGACACGCUAUGUGCCCAAGAUAACCGCAUUGCUACUCAUAUCCAGUAGCACCCAGCAAGAAUAACAAGCUUAGAAUUACUGAUCAUUUUGUUGAGUACCCUAGAUAAAUGUGAAUUCCUUCACUAAACUCAUUUUACUCUUUGCUUAAGUCGUGUAUGUGAUGAUAAACGGAAUACAUCAGACGCGCAGAAAUUACAAUUAACGGGCAUGAAUGUGAAGCGAAGCACUUCUGUGAAGGAACAUUUUUGUGGCCGGCUAGCAGGUUCUUCGAUAAAAGGAUGAGGUUUCUUUGUUCUUUAACUGCUUUUAUUCGUUACGAACUUCACUACAUGCCAGCUUACAACCCUCUCUCUUAAUCUCUUUAUGGCACCUUCUUUUUAUAGU